AUACACACGUAUAUCACACAUACACAAACAAACACACACAUUAUAGCCAUAUCGUACAUCGUCGCCAGUACACGUUCGUUCGUUCGCUCGCUCGUUCGUACGUUCCACUUCGUUUUUUAACGAAUCUGAUUCAGAAAGCCGGCCCCACAACCGAGCCCCAUCGUCAUCAAUUUCAUAACGUCAUUUCGUCGUUUUUGUCGCAGUGUGCGCUCCACCUCUGUGUAUGUGUGUGUGUGUUGGUGUUGGUGUUAACUUGGCCAAGUUGGUUACACUUGCGUCUUGUGUGUCUCCACUUAGUUGCUAACGCGCUUCCAGCUAGAAUAGCCAGCCAGCCAUAGCCACAAAGGUCAGACAGCAGCGACAUUUAAACUCAAUCGCAAUCGCAAUCGCAUUCGUAAAUAAAACAACGCGCGCGCGCAAAUAUCUCGUCUCGAGUGUCCUGCCAGCCAGCAGGCAAGUGAAAUCUCGCAAGUUCAAUAAACCCGCACAAUAGUGAAAUAAUAGUGAGGAAAAUAAUAGAAAAAAAAAACCAAUAGUUUGUGCGCAAAAUUUGUUGUAAAAAAAAAAACACACACAGCCAGGCAGCCAGCCAGUCAGCUAAGAGAGUGAGUGUGAGAGAGUGCUUGAGUGUUUGUGCUUAGCGGUUUGUGUGUUGACAGUGCGCGCUAAAAGUAAAUACACACACAAACACACACACAGAUAUAAAUGUAUAUAUAAUCGCACACAAAGGCACGCCAACCAUAAAGUGCAGGCCACGUUAAGCGACACAAUUUUAUGUAUGAAAAGGCAAAAAAUCGCGCUAAGCCCUUUGCCAAAUACUCGUACGUGUGCGAGCACAUAAUAAAAAAGUCUUUGCUCCGGCCAGGCUGAAAGUAAAGCAAAGAACGUAAAAUAUACAAACAACAACAGCAAGAACAACAACAAUAAUACCAACAACAAGAACAACAACAAGUAGACUCGUUUUAUUCACAUAUAUUUAUUGGGAUUACAAGAAGUAGCGGAAGAAGUACAACCAGCCACAAAAUGUCGCCGAUCGUUUUUGCAUUUUUGGCAGCCAUCUUAACAGAGGCGACCACAUAUGGCCAAGUGAACGUGGAGCCGAACACAGCAUUGCUCAACGAGGGCGAUCGCACAGAGCUCUUGUGUCGCUACGGACGGGCCAUCAACUAUUGCCGCAUCGAGAUCCCAGGCGAGCAGAAGGUUCUAAACUUAUCGCCCGAAUGGAGCAAAACACCAGGCUUUACAUACUACGGUGCCGGCCUGAAUGCCGGCCAGUGCGGUGUGAGCAUCGAACGCGUCAAGGCCAGCAACAAUGGUCAGGUGAAGUGCAGUCUCGGCGUCGAGGGUGAGGAACUAUCGGGCACCAUCGAUCUGGUUGUGGCAUUGCGCCCACAACAGCCAAUCAUUGAGCUUAUUUCCAAGCCUGAUCGUGAGGGUUUCUUUAACGAAAACACUUUGUUCAAUGCGCGCUGCAUUGUGCGCGAUGGUCGCCCACCUGCCAAUAUCACCUGGUACAUUGAUGAUAUGCCAGCACAGAAGCGUGUUACACCAUUGGAAAUCCUUUCCACACCCACCAACGACAAUGUGGAAUUGUCCACAUCGGUGCAGGAGAUACAGUUCCAUUUGGCGCCUGAAGAUAGCAACAGGAAGCUCGUUUGCCGCUCUCAUCAUCAAACGGAUCGCGAGAGCGUGCCACCACAGGAGGCCGCCUACAUUAUCAAUGUCAGAUAUGCACCCGUGCGUCAGGAGGAGGCUCUGGUCUAUGGUCUUUAUCUCGAGCAUACAGCCAUUGUCAAUAUGACCAUCCGUUCCAGCCCCACGCCACGCAUCGAAUGGACCAUCGAUGGCGCUGUUGUGCCACAGGGCACCACCAAUGACCGCUUCUCCGCCUAUGAGCCGCAAUACCUGGGCAAUGACUACUAUAAUGUUACAUUGGCCAUUGCCGGUCUAACGCUGGAGGACACGACCAAGAUAUACAAUUUGAGGGCCAGCAAUGCAUUGGGCAGCACAGACUACCAGGUGCGCAUCAGUUCGUCGAGCAGACCACCCAGCACUGGAUUGGAUGUGGCCGCUAUUGUGGGCAUAGUUGUGGCCGUUGCUGUCCUCGUCCUCAUUGUGCUGCUCGUCCUGUUUGCACGCGCCACUGGCAGAUGGUGCUUUGGCGGCAAAUCAAUCAAGACGCCCACAAACGAAACCGAAAAACAGCUCGAGUCUGGACAACAUGGCCAGAAUGUGGCCCUCCUUGAGACGCCCAAUGGCAUUACCCUUUUGGGCGCCAGCAAGCUACGCGAAGCGAACGGCAAUGGUCGUCAUCAGAGUUUAACCACAGAUGAACGCCUGUCGGUGGAGCCGCGCCUGCAUGACCAGGACGAUUCCUUUGACUAUGCAACCGAUCGCGAAAGUAGCGUUUAUAAUCCCACGACCAUGCCAUUGCGGAAUGUACUAAUGGGUCAGGCGGGUGGACGUAAUUCACAAACGAAGACGCCCAGCUCUGACAGUGAUAUGGAAGCCAAGGAACACACAGACCUGCUCCAGCGUGGCAAUGAGUUGGGCAUACCAGAGUCACGUUUCUCGCGCUGGGUACCCAAGGAUCAGCGUGAGUUGAUAGAGAAGCAAGCCAGGCUGCUUUCGGGGCGCAUCCAACUGAAAACGCCAACAACAACCACAGAGCCAAAGGCAAUGCCUCCGGCCACAGCGCCAAAGCCACAGCGAACAACGACAACAACCACAGCAACAAAUGCGACAAAUGCGACAAAUGCGAGAACAAAUGCGACAACACCAACACAGACGAUGCCAAAGAUACCGCAGGAAACGGAAAUUUAGAGUAAAGCUUAGCAGCAGGCUAAGAAUAACAGCGUAGAAGGCCGAAAGAGAAACGAAUUCUUUUGUGUGUGUAGCUUUUUAGGGUUUAUCAGUCGUUUAUGUUAAUUUUAUUUAUUUUUUGAAAAUGUUAUCGAUUUCUCAACAUCAGUAACAAUAACAACAAACAAAUGCAGCUUAAGUAAAGAAAGCUGCGAUCAGAUAAGCAAAUAAUUGACACACAAACUCGUCCGUUGAAUAGCUUUUAGCUGAAUGUGUAUGCAAACUAUUUGCCUGUCUGACCGUGCUGAAAGAUUUGAAACGCUUAAGGAAGUUAAUUUUACAUGGCAUUUUCAUCCAAGACAACAGGCAGAACUCACGACAGUUGCUCACAACAACAUCAACAAAAUCGACAAACAUUAAGGCUGUAAGGCAUGCUAUUUGUUAAUGGCUGUAGUAUGAAAGGAAAUAUAUAUUUGCAUAUUCGAUUUCUUUAAAAAUGCAUGCAUUGUGCGGAAGAGAAAAUGUAUUUUACCCGUAUCAAGGUAUUGUGUAUGUGUGUGUGUGUGUGUGGACACACUUUUCGUGUGUACUGUUAAUGUUGAAAAAUGCUUAGGGACACACAUUUUUUAUUUUUUGUAAUUAUAUGGAAAAUGGUACUUAUUUGUUUAUGGAGCAUGGCAACACUUUUUUAUAUAAAUGUUUUACGGGAGAGCUUUUAGUGAUACACAAUUUUAUAAAGAAACACGCCAAGAACGACUGCACGUUUUCAAGAAUGGACAUAUGUGUUAGAAACUACAAAAAUGUACGCUUGUAGAGACCGUUUAAGGUCUACUUAAUUUUUUCAAAUGGCAACAAUUUUUAGACUGUGCAAUGGGAUGUCGCUUUUUAAUACGUC